AUUAAUAUUGAAAUAUAUCGGCUUACUAUGCCCUUUUCGAAUGUUAAAGUUAUGAUGCCGGUAUUGCCAAAGCCAGAUCAUGCCAGCUCCGGGAGGAUGCAAGAAAAUAUCCCUUUAAGUGCAAUUGAGGACAAAGAGCUUCGAAAGAAGUUACGGAACAGGCAGUCUGCUCUUGCUGCUAGAGAGCGAAAGAAAGCCAGAAUGAUGGAGCUGGAAAAACAAGUGGCGGAGUUGCAAGAAACAAACCGCAGAAUGGAGGAUGAAAACCAGCAUUUGCGAGCCCGACUUGAUAAUAUUAUUCAGCGGUGUUUGAGGGCCGGAUUCCCGCUAGAUGGUUCAGCUGAUACGGCCUGGAUGCGUGUUAAUGCGGAAGCGCAAGAUUAUUCCAGGAGGCAAGUAGGGUAUGCCCAUCCAACCGCUGCUGGGCAAAGUUUGCAGAACCAGCAACUACGCAUGGCGCAACCGACAGGGGAGAGAAUAACCGAGGCAAGCUUGAAAUGCGCAAUUCGUGCCCUCGGCGAGCGACAACACGAAAUAUUGCAAACUAUAACCUCGGGUAUAAUGGCGCCGAUUCAACCAGCCGCGGCUAAGUACGACGCACAACUGUGCUACCAGCAGCAAUCAUUUAAAGUGUCGCCUGCUCAGAGUCCUGUGACAGUAAAACAAGAGUACGGAACGUCCUCACAAACAUACAGCCCGCAAAACCAGGAGACGGUUCCUUUGCCGCAAAGCAGUUGCUCUGCGGAGAGUCCAGUAAUAAGCAAUGGUACAAACCGGCUACUUGAGCCAGCACAUUCUUCACCAUGCAAGCGGGACUGGCUGACCGCAAACCAGACCUUGCCGUCUAUUGGUGCCAUGCUGGCUCCCAGCGCUAAGAGACCUUGUAGCCGCAGCAACGAACAUCAACCAGUCGACAACACAGAGUUAGAGAAAUGCUCACCAACAAAUAACGUUGGUUUCCUUAUGCGAAGUGAGAAUCCACCUCGACCUGUUAAUGUUAUAAAUUCAAUCAACUCCCCGCCGACGGUAAUUACUUCAAAUCCCCAAAACGAGAAAGUCAAGUCCCCGCAAAGCUACCUUGAACCGACAGAAAAUACAAUUUCGAGUUGCUCUCCGUCCCCUUUACUAACGCAAGGGGAAGACUUUUUAGCCGGUGAAUUCGACAAUAUUAUUGAGGAAGAAAACACGAACCAAUGCGGUUUAACCAUCUUCGACAUCGAGGAAAUAAUCCGCGGGGAUUCGUGCGCCGAUUCCCCGUCGGCAAGAAGCGGUAGCGACAGUGGUCUUAGCAUGGACGAAUCGCUAGAUUGGAUUGCGGAUAAUCCGAUCUUUAAUUUUUGAGGCCUUUAACAAAUCUUUUUAUCCAUUUUAUUGUUCGCCCGCUUGCCUAUACCGCAGCAUUAUGUCAUUAUAUUAUGCAAUUUUCUGUCUGGUGGAAAUUAUUACUGAAAAAAUUGUUAUACCAGUAUUAAUACGCCAUGUACAUUAUCCAGAUAAGUUUUAUGUACAGAGAUAUGCCCUUGUGAGAUUUUUAACAUUUCGUCGAAUGCGAUGAGUCCUAUUUUAAAGCACUUAUGUAUUUGAAAUUUCCUAUGCCUCGUACGCCUACCAAAACACAAGAUGCCUUAUUCGCACUUUAUUACUUUAUAUAAAUAUAUUGCUCCGCUACAUGAGCGUGUACUUUGCAUUUAAAGUGCUUCAAUAAAUUGAACUAUCUCAACA